AUGGAAACUGUUCACGAUAUUCGGGUUCGACUGGUUGCUUUCCACCCAUCACCUUUACUACCCGAGGAAGGGCAAGACGUGCUGCGAACCACCAUCGCCCGCACCGAAGAGAAAUCCUAUGCGACCAUGUAUCGCUGGAGGCAAGCCAAAAAUGGUUUCAGUGACCCGCAGAAACAGCCUGAACGCACGGAGAAGGACUCCCGGGAAAAGCGCGGACGCCACAUCAAGAUCAUCGGCCCAACACCUGCAGAACUCCAACACAGAGCCGAGCGUCCGAUCCGACGAACCCAGCUCCGCAGCGUUCUCUCACCUCAGCUGUGUUGGCCUGUUCAUUCAGCCCAGGGCCUCGUCGCCACAAGCCAUUUUGACAGCGAACCCCAACCCGGGGAGACCGAUCGGCCGGGACUUCCCUUUGGUACGGAGCCCGAGCCCCAUGCCCAGGCUCCCAGGAGCGAAAACUCUGCCCCUUGCCCUGGCGCCCGGACCGUAGCCCAGUCCCUGUGA